AUGUCUGAAGGCGACGUUAAGCCGCCUAAGAAAGGCCCCGUCGUGGCCGAAGCCCACGAGGUUGACACCUUCCAUGUCCCCAAGCCCUUUUUCAAGAAAGGUCCCGGGAAAGCUCACAUCAAGGACCUCGACGAAUAUUAUGCCAUGUACAAGGAGUCCAUCGAGCAGCCAGACAAGUUCUGGGCAAAGAUGGCCCGAGAACUUCUGGACUGGGAGAAAGACUUCAAGACUGUCCGCUCCGGAACCUUUGCCAACGGCGACGCCGCCUGGUUUUUAGAGGGUCGGCUCAAUGCCAGCUACAACUGCGUCGACCGCCACGCCAUCAAAAACCCCGACAAGCCGGCCGUGAUUUACGAGGCAGACGAACCCAGCGAGGGCCGCGUGCUCACCUACGGCGAGCUCCUCCGCGAAGUUUCACGAGUGGCUUACACCCUGAAGCAAAUGGGCGUCAGGAAAGGUGACACUGUUGCCCUCUACUUGCCCAUGAUUCCCGAAGCAGUCAUUUCCUUCCUCGCCGUCACCCGCAUCGGUGCUGUGCACUCGGUUGUCUUUGCCGGUUUCUCGUCUGGCUCACUAGCGGACCGAAUCAUCGACGCCAACUCCAAGGUCGUCAUCACCACCGACGAGGGAAAGCGUGGCGGCAAAUUGAUCGGAACCAAGAAGAUUGUGGAUGAAGCCCUGAAGAAAUGCCCGGAUGUCACUCACGUGCUUGUCUACCAGAGGACAGGUGCCGAUGUGCCAUGGACAAAGGGCCGAGACUACUGGUGGCAUGAAGAGACUGCAAAAUCCCCCGCCUAUAUUCCCCCAGAGUCCAUGGCCUCGGAGGACCCUUUGUUCCUGCUCUACACAUCAGGCUCGACUGGCAAGCCCAAGGGUGUCAUGCACUCGACCGCGGGCUACCUGUUAGGUGCUGCAGCGACUGGCAAGUACGUUUUUGAUAUUCACGAUGAUGAUGUCUUCUUCUGCGGUGGUGAUGUCGGUUGGAUCACCGGACAUACAUAUGUUGUAUACGCCCCCCUCCUUCUCGGUGUCGCGACCGUGGUUUUUGAGGGCACACCGGCCUACCCCAACUUCUCCCGCUAUUGGGACGUGAUCGACAAACACAGCGUGACGCAGUUCUAUGUUGCCCCGACUGCUCUCCGCCUGUUAAAGAGAGCUGGUGACGAACAUAUCCACCAUAAAUUGCACAAGUUGCGCGUUUUGGGCUCGGUGGGUGAGCCAAUCGCAGCCGAGGUCUGGAAGUGGUAUUUCGAAUCUGUCGGUAAGGAAGAGGCUCAUAUUGUUGAUACCUACUGGCAAACCGAGACUGGCUCCCAUGUGAUUACACCGCUGGCCGGUGUGACACCGACGAAACCUGGCAGUGCCUCAUUGCCCUUCUUUGGUAUCGAACCCGCAAUUAUUGAUCCGGUCUCCGGUAAGGAAAUUGAAGGCAACGAUGUGGAGGGUGUUCUGGCAUUCAAGCAGCCUUGGCCAAGUAUGGCCCGAACCGUUUGGGGCGCACACCAGAGAUAUAUGGAUACCUACUUGAACGUGUACAAGGGCUACUACUUUACUGGUGACGGUGCCGGACGUGAUCACGAAGGUUAUUACUGGAUACGGGGUCGUGUUGACGACGUCGUCAAUGUCUCUGGUCAUCGUUUGUCCACUGCAGAAAUCGAGGCUGCCCUGAUCGAGCAUGACGGCGUUGCAGAAGCCGCCGUGGUCGGUAUCAAUGACGAACUCACCGGUCAAGCCGUCAACGCAUUUGUGUCUCUAAAAGAUGGUGUGGAUGGUGGCGAACAGAUACGCAAGGACCUGAUCCUCCAAGUGCGGAAGUCGAUCGGCCCGUUUGCGGCACCGAAAGCCGUCUUCGUUGUCGAUGAUCUGCCCAAGACUCGCUCCGGCAAGAUCAUGAGGCGGAUUUUGAGAAAGAUCUUGAGCGGAGAGGAAGACAGCCUUGGAGAUACCUCGACUCUCAGCGAUCCCAGUGUGGUCGACAAAAUCAUCGACACGGUUAAGUCGUCAAAGAAGAAGUGA